AUCUGCGCGUUGUUCCGCACGGUCAGUGUUUGUGAAGUGUACGUUCGUUUCGCGUUCCGCGGCGUUUCACGGUGUGAACAUCGUACGUUGUGGCAUCGACGCUUUCUAGCGUUUAUUACCGAUUACAGCGGGAAAAGCUGUGUCGGAGAGCAGCAUCAGUAAAGUGUCUAAAGGAAAUAAAAAUCAGCAGCAGAAAAUAAACAGAAAAAUAAAGAGCUCGUCCGGUUUGCUGAUACAGGCGGAAGAAAAGAGUUUCCGUCACGGAUCGCUAGCAUCAAGGGCUCGGCGCGAGUUCCGGUCCGGCUGUCGAUCGUGUUAUUACUCCGCCACAGGAAGAGUCGAGAGUGAAUAACACGGAAAGAAACCCGACCGCUUUAACAAGGUCAUAAGACUUUAGAGAGUGUUCGGAACGGCACAGCACGUCAAUCAAAUUCCAUCCCAUCCACUUCCGGUCCGGAGGUGUGGUUGCAGCUCGUAGGACGUAGACACAGCCGGACAUCACAUCACCAACACUCCAACCCCGGAACAGGUGGUCGGUUGUGCCUUGCGGCGGUGAGAACUCGAUCCAGCUCGACGAUGGAGCUCUCUCGGAUAAAAACCCUUUACUGUGGGUUAAUAUUUCAGCUACUGUUCACACUUGCCCUUCCACUGCCAUACACCAAGUAUGGACGUACCUGCAGCGAUAUCGGUUGUCUGUCCAGCCAGGUGUGCGUGAUGGCUUACGAGUCGUGCUCCAUUGGGCAACGCGAGGGUAACGAAUGUGGCCGUUACCCGACCUGCAAAAAGAACACGGAUCCCAGUCUCAGUGCCGGCCAGAGCGCGGGAGUUAGCAACGUGUACAACAACGGACCCAAACCAUCCGCUCCGGCUGGAGGUCCCGGAAAUGGUAACGACGACGAUGUGCUCGGUACGCUGGGUCUGAAUCCUGGCAAUCCUUACGGUCAGCGACCUACGCCACCACCUGCACGUCCACCCCCAUCCGGUUCCUCGCUGUACCCAUCACUGCCCACGGAUAACAACCCCGGCAACCGUUACGGUGGCAACAAUGGUGGAGGCGGUUACAGUGGCGGCGGUGCCGGUGGUUCUUACAACAGAGGUGGUGGUGCUGGUGGCAGUUCCUCGUACGGUGGCGGCAGCGGCGGUCAGUUUGAUGGUGCGGGAGGAAACAUCGUCGUGCCCACGCGUAAACCGGCCGAGCCCGCUUCCAAUGGUGGAUUUUUCGGUGGCAUCCUUAACGGAGUGCAAAAUGCCGUCUCGAACGCGGUCAAGCAGCAGAUCGGCACCUACAUCAAUCAGCGGUUGGGCAUUGGACCGGCUGCGGGUGGUGCUGCUGGUGGCGCUGGCGGUGGUGCCGGAGGUCUUGGUGGACUCUUCGAUGCGCGCAAUCUGAUCGACAACAAGCGCUUCGGUGGCUUAUUUUCGGAGAACACACCAGCCGGAAGUGGUGGUACCGGUUCGGGACAAGUUUCGGGUCGAACUUCCGCCGGUCCAGGCGGCUACCCGGUAACCGUUGAUCAGCGCACGUCGGCCAGCAACUACAACCAGCAGUAUGCUGCCGCACAACCGUCUCAAGCGGCGUAUCCGCAAAGCUACGGUAACUACAACGCGGCCAGUGCUGCACGUGCUCGUUCCACGGAGCGUCCCGGAUAUGGAUGGAACCUGAACUAGAGUGCAUACUGCGCAAAGAACGUGAAUCCCAUAAGUGGUCACAACAUAAAAUACUCCCCACAAUGCACAGGCGUGCCCUAGUUGCCUUAUAAUAAUCACCACCUGAAUAAUAUUCUCUGCACAAUCAAGCAAUACACCAUCAUCGCACCGUUGACGUAUCUCUCUGCCGAUCGUAGCGCCCUCUAUCGUACAGCGCACAGCAGUUGUUGCUGUUGUGAUUUGUUGCUCGCAGCGGACGAAUGAUGAUGAGGAAGAAGGCGUUUUUUAAACAUUGUUUUUGUGUUUGCUUUGUGUUGUAUGUUUACAACUCGGGUGCAUAUUAUGUAUUGUCUAACACCGUAGCAAAACGCUUUGUGACUAAUAAAGCCAAUACUCAAAGAGUACU